UAUAAUACGAAGCUACGGCUCUGUAAACUCUACUGCACAUAGCAAAGUCUAGCCAGGAUAUAUCACAGCCGAUAUAAGCAGACAGCACGUGUUAUCAUAGGACGUACGUGUAUUCAGGAGACCAACCAGACAGGUGUAACGCCCAGACACCCGGCAAAACCUACUGCCCCGGACACUCUUCGCGAACUGAGCUGGUCCGACACAAGCUACCGAUGGAUGCUAAGCCUAUCCCUUUUGAAGAGGUGGAGCGGUGUGUGAAGCCACCUCCACCGGAGACGAAGACUUAUUCAUUUCAUCAUACGUGCUACCGUAUCAAAGACCCUCGCGUGACAGUAGAUUUUUACUCUAGAGUCUUGGGCAUGAAACUAAUAGCGACUUUGCCCCUAGAGAACCUCAAGACCACAAUGUAUUUUAUGGGGUACACAGAAGAGGGGGAGAAGGUGCCCUCUGACUUCAAAGAACGGAUGGAGUUUCUUCUCCACAGGAAAAAACACACGCCAGUGAUCGAGUUUCUCCACAACUGGGGAACAGAAAACAUGCCCGACCUAAAGCUUCAUGAUGGAAACAAGGCGCCAAAGGGUUACUCUCACAUAUGCGUGGCUGUUCAAGAUGCAGAUGCCGAAAUAAAACGUGUAGCCAACUUAGGAGUUCGUGUUAUCAAGGAAUCUGGUGGCCAGGGCUAUGCUUUCAUAGAGGACCCAGAUGGAUACUGGGUAGAAUUUCUCGACGGAGAUCGUCUUGGAUCACCAGGAGACCCAAACAUUGACAUCACGGAGAUGAAAGCAGCCAUUGGUUUCUAGAAAUCCCAGGCCACAUGA